AUGGUUUACUAUUUAGUGGUCUUCACUCCGCAGCCGCUGUCCUCUCCACUCUCGAGUCUCGACUUCUCCUUCGGUCCUUCUCGAGUUCUCGGUUUCUCCAUCUCCACUUCUCAAUUCAGCGGUUUUCCUCUUCAGUUCUCGCUUCCAUUCCCUUUGGCUUGCCUGCAGUCCCCAUUCCCGAAUCCUUCUCAGUUCUCCCUCUUCGUGGCUUCACAUGUCCUGAAUCCCUCUUCGGCUCUUCGCGUUGCAACGGCUUUUCACUCAGGAAAUCAAAAAGCGUACAGGCAAAACAUGGGACCUGAAGAAGCAUGCUGAGAUCUUGAAACAAACCGCCGAAGCUUGCACAGAUCGGUAAAAAAGAGGCCGCGCGACAGAGCAGAGAGGCUCGAAAUCGAUCGAACGAGGAAGGGAGGGAGGAAGCGAGGCGUUCGUUUCGCGAACACGCAAAGCGACGCGUUCGUUCGAGUUUUCGGAGGCCGGC